AUGAGCCGGCUGGAGGCCGAGCCCUGCUCCCGGGCGCUGGCGCAGGCCCGCGUCUACUUGGGGCAGCUGCGGAGCCGCGUCGCCGCGGGGGGCCCCGAGGGCGGCGGGCGGAGGGACUACCUGGUGGAGGCGGCGCGGCAGCUGCGGCUGGCGCUGGAGCGGGACGUCAGCGAGGACUACGAGGAGGCCUUCAACCACUACCAGAAUGGCGUGGACGUGCUGCUCCGCGGCGUGCAGGUUGACCCCAACAAGGAGCGCCGAGAGGCCGUAAAGCGGAAGAUCACUCAGUACUUGAGGCGUGCGGAGGAGAUCUUCAACUGCCACCUCCAGCGGGCUGCAGGAAAUGGCAACCACACGGCCACGGGUUACAGCAGCCUGCGCUUCAGGCCAAUCAGGACACUCAGCUCAGCAGUGGAGAACCUGAGAAGCUGUAAGGUGGUGGGAGUGAUCGACAAGGUGCAGAUUGUCCAGGAUCCAGCCACUGGUGGGACCUUUAUACUUAAGAGCCUCCCCAAAUCCCAUGUUGAGACCCGUGAGCGACAGACCAUCAUCCCUCAUGGGGUGCCCUUCAUGGUCAAGCUGUUGUGCUACUAUGUGAGUGAGGACUCCAUCUUCCUCCACCUGGAGCACGUGCAGGGAGAGACACUGUGGUCUCACCUCAGCUCCAAGUACUGUGUCCAGCAGGGCUCUGCCGAUUCAAACACUGCUCAAGCCCUGAGGGACCACGGCAGAGAGGGCGGCGUGGGAAGCUCUCAGCGCAGCAGCCAAGCCUCCAUCUUCUCUGCUUGGACAGGCAGUGGCCUCCCAGGCUCUGUGACCCACCAAGUACUGGGAAACAUUGGUGCCUCCCUCCCUCAGGAGCAGUCCCUUGACCCCAAGGACCCUGGCUCGGGGAACCACUGCCAGCUUCACCUGGCUGCCGCUGGCAGCGUGAGGGCUGCACCUGGAGGGCAGGAUCUAAGUGUGGCACAGGCUGUGUCUAGCCUUGUGGGCCAUGUUCCAGCAGCAGCAGUCAAAGGUCCCAGCCACCUUACCAGCCAGGGCCUGGCCAUCAGUCCCAGGGAGGCUCUAACCAGCAGUGCAGGCUGCAUGUUGGAGAGAGCAGCCUCUCACCAUGACCCCAGGCUUCCUCAGACACCUGCCCCUCUACCGAAAACUCUGAGGGGGGGGCAGGCAGGGGCAGGGCAGCCAUUGUCUCAGCAAGUGUCUGAGGUCCCCUGGGCCUGGCCCCUCCUGACCUCGGGUCAGAGGCAGCUUCAUGCAGGAGUUGCCCCAUCUGGCUCUGGCAAGCCCUGUGGGCCUGGCCCAGCAAGGGAGAUCUCAUGGGAAGGAAGCCUGACCCAUGGCCGGCUCAGAGAGCAGCCACCAUCAGGACAGUGCAAGGCUUUGGCUUCCUGUGGGCACAGCCAGAGAGCGUGGGCUGUGAAGGAGGAGCAGGUGCAGCUGUGGGCAGCAGAAAUCCUCUUGGCCUUAGAGGGACUUCACCAACAGGGUGUAUUGUGCCGGGAUCUCAACCCCAGGAACUUACUGCUUGAUGCAGGCGGUCACGUUCGGCUCACUUUCUUUGGCCAGUGGACAGAGGUGGAGCCCCACUGCUGCAGCCAGGCACAGGAAGAGAUGUACAGUGCCCCAGAAGUGGGAGGGAUCAUGGAGCCCACCGAAGCAGCUGACUGCUGGAGCUUUGGCUCUCUCUUGUAUGAGUUGCUGACAGGAGUGCCACUGUGCCAGAACCACCCUUCAGGGAUUCAACCUCACACCCAGCUGCAUCUGCCAGAAGGGCUCAGCCUGGAUGCUACAUCGCUGCUCACCGAGCUCCUGCAGUACGACCCGCAGCGGCGCUUGGGGUCUGGAGCCGGUGGCAUGGCGAAGCUGAAGUCCCACUCCUUCUUCAGCACCAUCCCAUGGAACAAGCUGGUGGGCUAG